AUGUUUUUUCUGUACUUCACUUGCGAGCAUUUUAGUUUUAGCCACAAAGAUGCACAGCUCGGAAUCUGGUUGCUCCUAGGUAUCAUUGUUCAAUUAUCUAUGGCAUAA